GAAAAUCUUUUCUCUGGUUGGUCUGAUCCCCAGCCUCCCGCGCUUUCUGCGGCUAUUAAAGCAGGACUUGUGCCACCCCUAGGACACAUUAUCCUCGAAAUUUUACUGCAGAAAGAAGAACCAGAAUGAGCGGAAGAGGCAAAACCGGUGGCAAGGCCAGAGCAAAGGCCAAGACUCGUUCUUCCCGUGCCGGACUGCAGUUCCCCGUCGGACGUGUCCACAGGCUGCUGCGCAAAGGAAACUACGCUCAACGCGUGGGUGCCGGCGCCCCCGUCUAUCUGGCGGCCGUGCUGGAGUACUUGACCGCCGAGAUCCUGGAGUUGGCCGGCAACGCAGCCCGCGACAACAAGAAAACGAGAAUCAUCCCUCGUCACUUGCAACUGGCCGUGCGAAACGACGAGGAGCUCAACAAACUUUUGGGCGGAGUGACCAUCGCUCAGGGCGGCGUGUUGCCUAACAUCCAGGCCGUACUUCUGCCCAAGAAGACCGAGAAGCCAGCCAAGUCCAAGUAAAACGGAAUCGGUCUCUUCUGCAACCCCAAAACGGCUCUUUUAAGAGCCACGCACCUUUCCUCUAGAGAGCGUUGCUUCUUUGAUAUGCGUUUAAUGCAGAUUGAUUGGGAAAAAAAAUAUUGAAAUCAUGGCUAACACAAAUGUAGUCGAAUUAAAUGGGCAUAUCUUUAA